CAGCUUCAAUAGAACGUUGUGUCGAACUAAAAGAGUUAAUUGUUAACACAUACUCAUACAACCAAAUAAAUUAACUACCGCUAUGAUCUCGAGUGCGCUGAAAAUUGUUACCCUUAUAGCGGUCUUCAUAGUUGGCUUGGAGCAUAUUUCGGCGCAACAAGCCGUUUGUGGCCCUGCCAUAGACGCAGCACUCAGUAUUAUGUGCGAAAAUGGCUUUAAUACGAAGUUCAAGAAAUCACUGGAAUGGGAUGGCCUAGGUAACGCUGAGCCCGAAGAGCUGUCACCUUUCGGCUUGAUGAACUUUCCUUUCUUAGGCAAAAAUCAUGGCGGCCACGUCGAUACAGUGGCCAAAACUCGCCGUCGACGGGAAGGUGUUUACGAUGAAUGCUGCCGUAAGCCUUGCUCCUACGGCGAGUUGUUAUCCUACUGCAAAUAGGCUUACUAAAUUUCUAAAAUCUUCUAAAUGACUUUCACGUUAAAUGAAUUUGUUAUACGUCUAUGCUCUUUGUUAGUCGAAAGAAUAAUCUAAGAGGCGUUUUGAAAUCCUUAUGAUAGUUAAAAAAUAUAUACUUACUUA